AUGUCUCCCUCAGUGGAUGAAGCAGGGAGUCUGUCGCCCACCAACUCUCGUGAUGACGACGAGAACUCGCAGCAUCCCCGCAAGCGCCAGCGGGUACGCCUGAGCUGCCUCGAGUGUCGUCGGAGGAAGCUGUCCUGCGACAGAGGUUACCCGUGCCAGCGGUGUCUGAAGAGCGGCACCCCCGACCGCUGCACCUACGAGACCAAGUCGGGAGUCGUCUUGAACGCGAGCUCCGGUGUCCCGCCUGCCUUUGCCCAGCUCGAUUCACGGAGGAACGGCGAAUUGGUCAUGCCCGGCAAGGAGGCCGACAUGUCCGUCAUUCGCGAGGCAGCCAAGGACCAUGACCGCAUCCGCCGCCUGGAGCUCGAGGUUUCUCAGCUCAAAACCCAGCUCACACGACAGGUCAUGUCUUCAUUCGACGGAAGCACCAUAGCCGGUACGAACUCACCGCACACCCAAAAGGAUGACAUUGGCGAAACUCCCCCGGACCCUUGCGCCAACAACUCGGAACUGCAGUCCUGCUGGCAUCAGUACAGCGAUGGGGACAAGUCGGAGCUCCGAUUCUUCAGAGGCAAGGAAUUCAGGACGCGGUAUUUUGGCCCUCACAACGCCACGAUGGCCUUCAUCGAGUUGACUGGCCUGUGUCCCUUUAUGAAGGAGACGGCCGAUGAGUGGCUGAAGCCGGUCAAGGCACACGACCGCAAAGACCGCAAGAAGCGCAAGGAGGAUCGGGACAAGUUUUACCUUCAGCCCGACCCCCAUCUUGAGUCUCUGCUUCCGCCCAAGGACCACUGCGACGCGCUGGUGGAGGUCUACAUUGACCAAUUUGAGCAGAUGCAUCGCAUCGUUCACAUCCCCACGUUCCGUCGGGAAUACUCACAGUUCUGGGAGAACCCGACCGAAUCACGCUACGCCGCACUCACUGCUCUCGUCUUGGCAAUCUGCGCCGUAACGAACUGCAUCCACACUCAUGAGUCUCUGAGAUUCACGGGCAUGAUUUCCAACGCGCAUGCCGCUGCCGAGAAGUGGAUCAAGGCCGUUGAAGAGUGGCAGAGCCGCCAGAGCAUGAAGCACCGCAAGCUCAUCCACUACCAAAUCGCCUGCCUGUUGUAUCUCAGCAAGCGCGUAAACACGCUGAAGAAGAAGCGCUUCUGGACAAACUCGGGCGCCCUCAUUCAAGAUGGAAUCUCGGUCGGCUUGCACAGGGAGCCCAGCCACAUGUCGGGCAAGAUCUCGGUGUAUAACCAGGAAAUGAGGCGGAGGAUCUGGGCGACGGUCCAGGAGUUUGACAUGCAGGCGUCCUUCGACCACGGCCUGCCCACGUUGGUGAGCCAGCUGCACUACGACGUGCAACCGCCGAGGAAUUUGGACGACGAGGACUUUGACGAGGACACGACGCAGCUGCCCCCGUCCAAGCACGGGAAGGAGUACACGUACUCUUCGUACCAGAACCUGGCCCGUCAGAGCCUGCCCCUGCGUAUGGAGCUGAGCCGGCUUCUCUGCGGACCGCCGGGGGAGAUUGACUACGACCAAGUCAUCCGCUACACGAACGACAUCACGCACGAAAUCGACUCUCUACCCUCCUGGGAACACAACAACAACAACACGCACGGCGGCAAGCGGCCGCUCCUCGCCUACACCCUGCUUCACAUCCAGCUCCGCCAGUACAUCAUCCCCCUGCACCAACCCUUCCUCAAGCUGCGCAAGUCCAACGCCAAGUACCAGUACUCGGAAAUCAUAUACUACAACGCCGCGCGAGACAUUGUCCUCUUGCACGACAAGCUCUACGAGCAAGGCAUCCGCUGCCUCAACUUCCUCCGCGAGGACGCCCUCACGACAGCCGUCAACCUCUGCAGCGUCACCAUGCUGCAGCCGCGCGGCUCGACCAACAUGAUCAUGAUAAACUCGCAGCACACGGUCAAGCUUCUCGAGAAGUGCCUCUCGAUGAAGGAAGACAGGCUCCUCCGGUGCGGCAACACCGAGCCGUGGGGCUACUCCAUCAUGUGCUCGGCACUCGGCCUGCUCGAGGCGCAUCUGGGCACGAAGACCACCGAGCAGGCCAAGGCCUCGUCCGCGGAGCGGUUCGUCAACCUGCACUACAAGCUGCUGGCGAACCAGGAGCCCCCAGUAUCGAGCCAGCCGUCGGAACUCUCCAAGAUUCCCGGCUUGGAGGUCCCAGAGAGAUCAAAGUCGGUCACGCCCUUCUCCUUCCAGGGCUACCCGCCGUCGCAGAACCCCGUCGACGGGCUCCUCCCUCAGCCGCUUCCGUGGAUGUCCGCGUCCAUCGAACCGCAGGCGCAGUCGUUCAAUCCCGACUUUAGUCUUGAAGCUUUGGGAUUGAACUUGAACGAGUUGUGGGGAGAAUCGUGGGACUUUAGCUGA